CCCAUGGCACGCGACUGAUGGGAUUCUGGCAUGCUUGAUCUGUUCCCAUCAUUAUAGUUGGUGUUAUUUUGUUGAUGACGGCGGAUCGAUCGGUUUGAAUCGCAGCCAUCUGGUUUAAACCACAGGAGGGAUUUUCACCAUCAUGCAGAAGGUGGAGGGACGGCCAGCCCCGGGCAGCAUAUCCUCCUCCUUGCGGGGUCCAAGUGCUCCUGGCUCACCCAGCAUCAUGGCCCGUGUGAAUGACGAAGUGGUGGAGUACAGGGAUCUUGCUGCUCUGCCCAGAGAUAAAAGUAUUCUACAGGUGGAGAGACCAGAUUUGAUGACCUACCAACCCCACCUCACCUUCUCACCGCUAGACGCGCCGCGUACGCCCCGUAGAGAGAGAUCCCUCUCUCCUUCCUCCAUCUCUCCUCCUCCCUCUCCUGAGCUGAAGGAGUAUAGAGAGGGGGGAGGGUCUCCAGGAGGCUCUACAUUGCAGCUCCGAAAGACAGCCACCCCUGUACAGCAACAUUUCCACACGCCAGAUAAUGGUGCCAACAUCUACAAGAAGUUGCCUAAUUUUAAACAGGAGGUCAGCAAGCAGCACGUGAUGGCCAGCAUCAUCCAGUCGUCUAUGUUCCCAGCAGCUCAGAAACCAGACCCCAAUCUGCCCUCAAAGAUAGAGACAGAGUACUGGCCCUGUCCUCCUUCACUGGCUACUAUGGAGAUCGAGUGGAGGAGGAAGAAGGAGGAAGAGGAAGAGGGGAAGGAUGAAUUUGAAGACCUGACUGAUGAUGCCAAGACACUGCAGGAGCAGGAGCUCCACAAGAUCAAGUCUAACCUGGGCAGGCUGAUCCUGAAGGAGGAGAAGGAGGAAAAGGAGAAGGCUCUACUUGGCAUUGGACGCAGGAAGACUCAGUCACUGCCAGACAGAACGCACAUGCACACCAGUUCCUCCUUGAAGUCCUCCUCCCACUCAGGUCUGACCAGGAUGCAGUCAGCAGAGUUUGCUAUAGAGGGGGAUCAGGGCAGAGCAGAGAAUGGCGAGGCACCGCGGGAAAGGAUGGACAGAGGAAACUCACUGCCAAGUAUGCUGGAACAGACGAUCUACCCAUAUGAAAUGCUCAUAGUCACCCAUAGAGGGCGCUGCAAGCUUCCGCCGGGCGUGGACCGUACCAGACUGGAGAGACACCUUUCUCCUGAGGACUUUGAGCGUCUGUUCGGAAUGCCCAUUGCUGAGUUCGACCGCCUGUCGCUGUGGAAACGAAAUAAUCUGAAGAAAAACGUUCAACUUUUCUAGCAGGAAGUGACCUUAUCCGUCAGACAGGAAACAGGAACCGCUGCACUGCCUAACGAAGAAUACCACACAACAAACUAUCACUCCCUAACUACCCAUAUCACAUACUAACUUACCCUAUAUCAUAUCAUACACAUAUUCUUCUAUCUGUAUGUUCCUUCGUAUCCUUUAGUCGCCACUAGCUUUACUAUAGAGCAUCAGUACAGAGACAAGCCUGGCCCUAACCAUCCCUAUCAUAUGCAAUGAGAAUCUCCUAGUAUCUACUGCCUCCCUACCCCCAUACACAGACGCAACCACCUACUCACACAAUACAUAUUACGGCUUUUAUUACACUCAGAAACUGGAAAUAUUAUUUUCAUGAUAAAUCCAUGUACAUUAUCAGAGAUUUUGUAAAUGUGAUUUAUGAUUGACCGAUUGGGAUCUUUGUCUUCUGUAACGUAUUAGUUCUAUAUUCAUGUUAAUGUGUUACCCAAGAUUGAGGUUGACUGAGAUUAUUUAUUUGAAUAUGAUUAUAUCUUUUAGUCUCGCAAAACAGUAGAGCAAUCUUUUAUCCCUGUGGAACAUCAGGAAUUACUUACAUUCCAAUCCCACAUCGAACCCAGGACCAGACCCAUAACCCCUACCUCCCAACCCUACAGUGUAUAUGCUGAAUUUAGAAAAUGAAUAAAAUAUGAAUAAAAUAAA